GGUUCCGGGUGCGCGCGAGGCUGUGACCGCGGCGGGGUGAGUCCUCUCCAGAGUUUACUUUUGGAUGAAAGCAUGCUCUCUUUCCAGUAGAAGAUGGUGACCCUGGAGUAUGAUCAUGGAGAAGGGGAUGAGUUCAGUAGAAGUGUUACCUUCCAAAUCAUCCCAGGUUACGGCUGUAAAGGUGAUGGUGAAGGAGCAUGAAACAAAAUCCAUCCAAAAAGGAAAACCAGUGGGAUUUGUGCUUGUACAUGCAGGUGCAGGUUAUCAUUCUGAAUCCAAAGCUAAAGAAUACAAACAUGUUUGCAAAAGAGCCUGUCAAAAGGCAAUUGAAAAACUUCAGGCUGGUGCUCUUGCAACUGAUGCAGUGACUGCGGCACUAAUUGAACUAGAGGAUUCCCCCUUUACAAAUGCAGGAAUGGGAUCGAACCUAAACCUUUUGGGUGAGAUAGAAUGUGAUGCCAGUAUAAUGGAUGGAAAGUCAUUAAAUUUUGGAGCAGUUGGAGCACUGAGUGGAAUCAAGAAUCCUGUUUCAGUUGCAAAUAGGUUGUUGUGUGAAGGGCAGAAGGGAAAACUCUCUGCUGGCAGAAUUCCACCUUGCUUUUUGGUUGGUGAAGGAGCUUACAGAUGGGCAGUUGAUCAUGGGAUACCAGCAUGUUCACCAGGUAUCAUGACUACAAGGUUUAGUUUAGCAGCUUUUAAGAGGAACAAAAGGAAGCUGGAGUUGGCAGAAAAGGUGGAAACAGAUCUUAUUCAGCUAAAGAAAAGAAGACAAUCAAGUGAAAAGGAGAAUGACUCAGGAACACUGGAUACAGUUGGUGCAGUCGUUGUUGACCAAGAAGGAAAUGUUGCUGCUGCUGUCUCCAGUGGAGGCUUAGCUUUGAAGCAUCCUGGAAGAGUUGGUCAGGCAGCUCUUUAUGGAUGUGGCUGCUGGGCUGAAAAUAUUGGAGUUCAUAACCCUUAUUCCACAGCUGUGAGUACUUCAGGUUGUGGAGAGCACCUUGUAAGGACCAUACUGGCCAGAGAAUGUUCACGUGCUUUGCAAACAGAAGAUGCCCACCAGGCUCUGCUAGAGACUAUGCAAAACAAGUUUAUUAGUUCACCUUUCCUAGCCAAUGAAGAUGGUGUACUCGGUGGAGUGAUAGUUCUUCGAUCUUGCAGGUGUUCUGCAGAGCCUGACUCUUUACAAGAAAAGCAGACUCUACUAGUGGAGUUCUUGUGGAGUCAUACAACAGAGAGCAUGUGUGUAGGAUAUAUGUCAGCACAGGAUGGCAAAGCCAAGACUCACAUUUCGAGACUUCCUCCUGGAGCUGUGGCAGGGCAGUCUGUGGCAAUCGAAGGAGGAGUCUGUCGGCUGGAGACCCCAGCAAACUGAACAGCUUCCUCCUCAGCUCCAUACAGAGAAUGUGAAUGACAUUUUGUACAAUAAGCUCUUUUGUGUUUUAACAGAUGUUGGGAAUUUUACUCUCAUUUUAUACUCUUUAUUGCAACCACGUGCACCAUAACUUGAGAUAAGUGCUGCUGUUAUUUAUACUCAUUCUGUGUGAAUGGGUGUGUGCAUGCUCAUUUUUCUCCCAAACAAAUCAGAACACUUCCUAGUUGUGCAGGUGAAGAUAGUGUAUGAUUAAUGUUGCAUUUAAAUUUUCAUUGUUUACAGUUUAAAAAAUAAUGCCCUAAAACUAUGGAAAAAAACUAAUUUAAAGAUGUGAUAGUAACUGUCAUUCAUGUUCUAAAUUAGGAAGUAAUGGGCCUCAGAGGUAGUUGUGUAGUAAUGCAAAAGUGAUUGUGGUUUGUACAUUUCUUUUAAGUUUAAGUGGAUCCAGUGGUGACUUAAACACUGCUUCUUCAUCCCCUAUGUGGGGCAUUUUUCUUUGACAAAGAAUGGUUUCAGUGAAACAAUCUAGAGCAGAAUUAUGGCCAGAAUUGUUUUUAAAUAGUCUUAUAAUAUAAGUUGUAUCUCUCUUCCCAAGCUAAGAUGUUACAUAGCUUCAAGCUGUAUGUAUUACAAAAAAGUUAUAUAAAGAUAAUGUACCGUAAUGCAGUCUUUACUUUGUGUAUAAUGGAAUAUUACAGUGUAAAUAAGAAAACAAAGUUUAUGGAAAGAUUCAAUACUAUUCUUUGUUUCUUGUUUAAAUAUAUAUUUUAAGAAAAAGGUACGGAAAUAAACGAGCAUA